AUGUUGGGUGCUACCUUAGAUAUGCACCGGCCUUAUGUUACUUUUUCGGUGGCCUACGCGUUAUUCAACCUCCCUAGAGGAAUUGACGCUGACAUCCUUUACAAACGCACCUCCAUUCUGUGGUUUCAGUCAGAGCUCGUUACUUAUUCCGAUUCGAAUUCGUCUUCGGUUGUUUCUGGUCCUGAAUUUAACGAGGAGGAAUUCGAUGCUACGGAAGAAUUUCCUGAAGACACAGAUCUUUCACCGCGCACCCUUGAUUUCUUCAAUCUCCAAGACUGCUCUGAUAACUGUAAGUGCCUACUUCGACUGAUCAAACUAAUCCGUGGAACGAAAUUUUAUUUCAUCCCCUCACGUCAUUCUCACCCCAACUUUAUUAGAAAACUUGCAUGUUUUCAUAAACUUAAUCCAGAGUCCUAG